AUGGCAGAGGCGGCCAAGGCGAAACCCGAAGCGAAAGCAGCGGUGGCCAAGAAGCCACGCUUAGAUUGCAUCGAUGGCUGUCGUUUCGCCUUGGUCUUUCCCAUCGUGGUGGCGCACUUCGCCAGGUUCGGCACGAGCAACCUCACGGCGUUGAAGCUCCUCACGCAGGAGAACGUCUUGGUGGGCGGCUUCUUCGUAAUCAGCGGCUACGUGAGCGCCUACACCUCCACCAAACUGGGCGCGCGAGGCGUUGAGGAGAAGAAAGUGGCCAACCCGGAACUCUUCUUCUGGCAGAGGGUGAUGGCGUACUAUCCUUUGCACUUCGUCUCGUCUGCUAUUUUUGCCCCUAUGUUCAUCUGGGUGGAGAGGCAGUUCAACUCCACUUGGAAUAUGAUCGCCUUUCGCGCCAUGUUGAACUUCACCAUGUUGCAGGCGUGGUUUCCGAAGGAGGCGGAGAUUUGGAAUCAGCCCACCUGGUUCCUGUCUGCUCUGACGUUUUCGAACCUCACCAUGCCCACCUUCGUGUUGCCCCAAGUAGCACAACUGAGCAAGGGUGGCUUGAACAAGCUCUUCUAUGCCUUGACGGGCAUCUCCCUUUUGCAAAAGGUCUCCUACUCGGAGACGGCACGCUUCCACAGUAGCAAAGAACAUCCGGUGGACGGCAAGGUGAUGCAUCCGCUGAUUUGGAACCUCACGCGCUUCCAUCCCUUCUGGGCCUUGAUGGAGAUGACCAUGGGCAUUGUGGCGGUGCGGCAUGUCAUGCUGGACACGGAGGAGGAUAAGAAGAAGACCCCCAUGAACCCCUUGUGGCUCUUCUUGGCGGCCUAUUCUUCGCUCCUCCUUCGACUCACCCAGUUUGACUUCAAUGAUGCCAUCAUCCGCGGCGUUCUCUUCGUGCCCCUCUUCACGAAGUUCCUGAAAGCCAUGCACCGCGACGCUUUAUCCAAAGAGCCCUCCAGCAUCACCAAGUUCUUCGGAAGCAAACCGAUGGCCACACUGGGGUCGCUGGCCUUUCCCAUGUUCAUCGUGCAUGGACCUAUUGGGCAGAUCUUCUACAAGAAGAUCAUCGCCAAGAAGUUGUGGGGCAAGCCGAUGCCACACAGUUUUUUCCCCUUCUAUUUGGCCAUUGUCCUAGGGCUCAGCCAUUUGGUGAACGAAUACUUUGUGAAGAGCAAGAAGGUCUCUGCCAUCGGAGGGCAAGUGGCACAAACCUUGUCUGGCUGGACCAGCGGCAUCUUGAGGGAUAGCUGA